CUCGCUUGGUUAACUUAUCUCUUGAUUUAUUAAUACUACCCAAAGACGACGAUUCUCUGAACGCACAUCAGUCUCGAUAAGCUACCAAGUUUUUUCAAAGCGCGUCGAAGUCCAACGAGGGCCAAUUUUUUGGCCAUGAUUGUAUAGCUUUUGAAUAUUUUUUUUAAUCAUCUGUCAAAUAACGUUUCAUUUUUUUUCCGUGGAGGAUCAUCUAGUCUAAUAUUAUGAAGUCAAACAGUUGUUUUGCUGUUCCACUUCUUCUGUGUUAUUUUAUAUGGAUCUGUGUCAGCAAAGAGACAACACAAAGGCCCGAGAAGCGAUUUGACAUCAGAGGAAAGGAAUGGGUAGCAGCACAAAAAAUUAUCAACAAGUUGGUUGAUGAAAGUAUUGCUAACAGGGUUUCCGAGGCGGAGCAUGAUGUUGAGCGUUUACUGGAGUCCAAUAUUGCUGAUCACAUCAAGAAAACUGGUAAAACGCUCCUGCGAAAGUUACCAAAAGAAUGUACAGAUAAAAUUGAGCACUGCUCCGCUCUCGCCAAGUCUGGAGUUUGCAAGACAUCACCAAAGGCCAUGCAUCAACAUUGUGCGAAAACCUGUAACUUAUGCGAGGACAAUUUCUUUGAUGCCACACCCCACAUCGCCAUCGCGCUCAAGAAAGAACCUGAAAAACUCUUAAAGAAACAGCCAGUUGCCCCGGUCCUAAAAAAGACUUAUCACAAAUCUUUAAAGGAUAAAGUAGUGCCAGAGAAACCAAAAACUGAACAGUCUACGAGGAAGCAUGAAUUAGCAGGAGAGGGAUUUAUUCCAGCUGAUACGAUCAAAAUCCUUCACUCUAUAGAGCCACUCCUGUCACAGCAAUCCAAAGGGGUUAUGAAAUUCCAUGAAAAUGACUUGAGCCCAGAAAACGAGAAGAUCCGCGAUGCACAGAAGCUGCUAGAGUAUGUAAAAGUUCUCAACCCACCGAAGAAGAUGGCUAUCCUUGAAGCAAAGGUAUCUUUAGCAAACGACAAGAAAAAGUCUACUACUAAGAAACCAAAAAAGAUUGUCACACACGAAGAUAAAGACAAAGAACAAGAGGACAGAGAACAAAAAGACGAGGUGAAAAAAGAAGAGAAGUCAAAACCCAACCACGCACCCAAAUCGAAAGUUGCAAAGAAGAAGCUUAAAGUUAAGGGAACACCGCUGACAAGUUUAUCAAAGACAGUGACUUACAAGAAUCACAAGUACAAGAUCACACCAGUCGUGGACUGGGAGCGAAUCUCUAAAAUGCUGGAAAGUCUUGGCUACAAGGCUGUUCAUAUUGUUGGCGUCAAGGACAAAAGCAUCCACAAAGAUCUUACGGAACAUCUUAAAAAGCACGGAGUUGACAAUAUUUUGUCACACAAGAUAAAAGGAAAGGCCGCUGCGGAAACGUUUGUGUCAGCUGUUCACCGAGAAAAAUCUUGGCAUAAUGACGAAUAUUUUAAGACACACUGCCAUCCAAAGUGCCUCACGAGCUGCGUAUCCUCUUGCAUGCCGGGAUGUUGCCGCGAGCACGACAAGGUUUCAGUCAAGACAGGUCUCGCCAAACAUUGCCACGCAUCCUGUUUGACGAACUGCCUGCCAUCCUGCGGUAGCGGCUGCUGCUCGGCUGACGAGGAGCGAAAGAGGGGCCACCACUUCUUACAUUAUCAGAGGAUAAAAGAUUACCACAAGGCUAAGGAUGAAGCGGCUGCCAAGCAGCACGACCAGCCCAAAGAAGACACUAAAAAGCAGGAAGACAAAGUGAAUCCCAAAUGCCAUCCGCAGUGUAAAGAAACUUGUAUUUCGUCCUGUGGCAAAGGCUGCUGCACAGACGAAGGCGAGAGGUUGAGAGACGAGAAUGAGAGAAAGAUGAAAGAUCAACAGGAAAAAUAUAGGAAGGACAAACAAAAGAAGCUUCUGGAAAUGUACAAACCUCAGCCCAGGCUCUGCCCGGCGCCGUGUCCUCAGGUCUGCGCUCCGGCUUGUGCUGAUGACUGCUGCGCCUUUGGAAAAUAUGCGUCACCACCUGCGCCAGGACUCCCUGCUAGUGACCAACCCCAUCCUGGUCUGACCCCAAACGUUCCAUAUCCCCACUCCAAAGUCAUUCCUCUCGAGGCCUAUGCCUGCAAAGAAACCUGCAAGUUCUCUUGCACUUACGACUGUCCCCGCGAUUGCUGUCAACCGGAAGAGCUAGCUCAGGAAGAAGCUCAUGAAGCUGCCGCUCUUGCACCUUCAGCUCUUUCAUCUCCCGCUAUAGGAUCUCCAACCACAAUAGGAGCGCCACAAGCUAUGGCUUAUCAAGACCUCGCUCCUGCGAUGGGGACAUGCCCGAGUCCCUGUCCUGGUGGUUGCUACCCCUCCUGCACUGUGGCUUGCUGUACGUCGGCUCUGGGCCUUCCCCAAGAAAAUCAGGCAGAGUUGAGCCCAGAGGCACGUUCCUCCACUAAAAGAGUACUGCAUAUUACUCACCUGGUGCGACCAAUCACGAGUUUAAAUGGAUGCGCAUUAUCCUGCGCCACACACUGUACACCAGCAUGCGCAAGAUCUGGCUGCUGUGAUUCGUCGAAAAGAAAGAAAAGAUCUGACUGAAUCGUUUCGUGACGAAAAGAAGAAAAAAACAUUGCAUUUAAAAUCCAUUCAUGUUAAACAAUGAUAGGGAUUGAAGAUGUAAAUGCUGUUCAGCGGAAAACCCUAAAAAGACGAAGAACUUUUAAAAGUACCGCACAUUAAUGCCAAAGAGAGUGUAGGAGAAACGAUAGUUGCUACACUCCAUAGAAACAAACUUAACAUAGAAGUUAUCAUACAUCCUUUUCCCCUUUUUUUCUAUUCUUAAAAGCCUGCUUCAAGGCUUUAGAAAUAAAUAUUGUGACUCACCAAUACAGAUUUAAAAACGUAAAAGUUUGUUGAGUACAAAUUUAAAGCUAUAGAUAUAAAAUAUAAAGAUCAACGAAUCGAGAAAUCUUUUCACAUUUUAGGUGUGUUCUAAAGAUAUUGAAAAGAAUUUUGCUCUAUAUGUCAAACGUAUUCUAUUCUUGUA